AUGCGUCCUGCCUCCAUCUCCUGCGGGGCCGACUGCACGCGUCCAAUGAGCACCACCUGCAGCGAGCACACGGGCUCCACGGGCGCCUGCCCAGCCCGGAUCCGCUUCAGCGCGCCCACCUGCCGCUUUUUUGCCUGCCCCGAGCCAGCACGCACUCCCUGCCGGCUUUUCCAACGCUUUUACCCCAUGCUGAUGCGCGCACUCUCGGGCCUGGCGGUGCGGCUCUCGCGCUCGGCCGCGGCGCGCGGCUCCUACAGCGCCUUCUGCAAGGGGCUCACGCGCACGCUGCUCACCUUCUUCGAUCUGGCCUGGCGGCUGCGCGUGAACUUCCCCUACUUCUACGUCGUGGCCUCGGUGAUGCUCAACGUCCGCCUGCAGGUGCGGAUCGAGUGAGCGCCCGCGGCCACCGCGGCCCGGGGAGGGUCCUGCGCCCGCCGGCGACGGCAGGGGCAGGGGCGCCCGCAUGAAGGACGGCGGGGGGCCGCGGGGUCGCGGCGCGGAGAAGGCGGGGUGACGGGCCCCUGGACGCUAGACCUCCGCAGGAGGGUGCCUCGGCUGCCCAGCCCGGCCUGGCCGCCCGGCCCCGCGGUGACCGCCCACGUGCCCGGCGGGUGCCUGGCAGAUCGCACAGACUACUCGCAGGUGGGGCCCUCGCUGCGCCUCCAGAACGUUAUUUGCGCGCGGCCUACCUGUUGCCUCACGUUGGCCGAAGGGGCGGGAAGGAACCAGAAAGCAGAGCGUCCGCCGUCUGCCACCGCCGCAGGAACUGACCUGAGGGGCCCUGACAUCCAGGUCCCUGGGGCUCUCUGCUGCUGCCCGCACAGCCCUUCCCCAGACGGCCUCCUGCCGGGUCUCUGGGGCCAGUGGCCUGCUCCCGCCUGCUCCUGCUGUCCCUUGAGCUCCCUCUGUGUUUGAAGACCUGAGAGAGAGGAAAGAGGCCUCCUGUCCCCGUCGCUCCUUCCAGAAGGCCCAGGCUCCUGUCACCUUACUCCCUCCAGCACCCGCCACUGCCCCCAGGAAGCCCUCCUUGGCCCUGGGCUGGGCAGCUUCCGGCAGCCUCCUGAGUACCUGAAGGUUUGGGGAAAUCAGGGCCUCCAGAGCAGAGCGCAGUGCCCAGGCUGGGUGGGGAGACAGGUGGAGAAGGGCUUGCGGAGGAAGGCAAACGGGCUGGCGGGGUGACGGUCAUGGCUCAAGUCUCCCUGUCUUUCAGGAGCUGAUGUUUGUAGGUGGAGACCCGCCCCUUCUCAGAGCUGUCAAGAGCCAGACGCCUGACAAGGGGCACCCCUGGACCCAGAGCUGCCUGGGGAGCAGCUGAGGAAGGGCCUGGCGGAGGAGAGAGAGAAGGGCCUUGCGGGCAGAGGCCCCCAGGGCUGUGGGAGCCCAGUGCAGCUCUGGUGCGGGGCCGGGCACGGCCUUGUCACCUGGGCACUAGGUCUCCUCGCAGCACUUAGAGGGCGCUCUGUUCUCCCACCCAGUGAUGGGUAACUUGGGGUUCCGGAGGGAAGAAUGUUGCCCUGCCCACAGAUAGAAAGGAGUGCACCCUGCGUCCCCCACUCAACACAGGGUGGGGGAGCGGUGCAGGGCUCCUGGGGGACUUAGGGAGCGAGGGGUCCAGGGUAGGGGAUCUGGGCAACUCGCUCCCCCCGCAGUGGUAUGGCAGGUCACGAGGAAGCAGGGGAGGACAGUCUGAGCUGAGCUGGCACAGGAGAGAUGGGGCCCAGGCCCCGGGGGUGGAGGUCCCCCACAGAGCCUGGCCUCCCCGCCGACCCCAGGCUGGACCAGGGGCUCCUCAGUUGGGCAGCACAAGCCUCCUUUGGGUGGUGGGGUGGGGCCGGGGCUCCUGCGAGCUGCUAACCAGAGGGUGAAGACAUACACCUGAGGUGGAAUGGGCUGGGACUCAUGGCAUGACCCCUCUGUCCCCAGGCUCGGCCCCCCAGCCCCCAGGAUCCCAGGGGAGACUCUAGAUGGACUCGGCUCAGUCCUGCAAGCCCUGGGUGUGCUGCUGAUGGGAGGAGCAGCCCGGCCGCAGACACCCUGGUCGUCGGCACCCACCCAGCCUCGCGUCUGCUGGGCACCGGCUGCUCGUGGCUCGCGUCCUCAGAGAUGCUGGGACUGAAAACCACAGGGGCCUGGUCAGCCCCAGGGACAGAGCGGCCCAGGCUGCUACCACCUGCCCUCCUGGAGCCAGGGCCUGGGUGAAGAUCUGCCUGCCCCACCCCAAGGACUGCAGCCUGACUUGGCACCUCUGAAUUUCCCCCCAACAGGGCCUGAUGGCGUCCUAACUGGUGCCAGGUCUCCUGGGAGCCUCUGGCCCUGGUGGCCCUCACCCACCCAGCCCUGUCCACCAGGAUCCCUCUGGGAGCCUGCCAGCCCCUGCCUCCACCCAAAGAUCUUGGGGCAGCCUGAGAGCUAGAGCCCAGGACUGCAGGGGGGGCAGGGGGAGAGGCGUGAGAGACCUCCUUGGGCUGAUGCACAGAUGUGCCCCUUCCAAAUCCAGCUCUCAGCCCUGGGUGACUCUUGACCCCCAGCUCCAGUGCGUGUGUGUGUGUGUGUGUGUGUGUGUGUGCCGGGGGUGGGGUGCAUGUGGGGUGCUGUGGGGCUGCAGCUGUCCAUACGGUGCACUGGGCUUUCACUCUCCCUGUGCAAGGGGCUCAGCUGUUGCUGGCUGGGGCCUAGGAGACUUUCCUAGGGAGAGAUGGGUGUGAGAGCCUCUGGGAUCCCAGGCCUCAGAGACCCCCCUUCCCCUGCAGAGAAGCCCCGCCCUCUACUGGGGGGGCAGGAAGCCCCAGUGCUGUGGCUGGGGCUGUCUGGCCUUCAGGGGGUGGCCCGGGGAAGGGCGGGGCCAGGUCCUUUGCAAGUGUUCCUGCCACUGCUUUUCUUACCAUUUUGGCCUUGAGUAGGUGACACGCUUCUGCUUCCCCCUCUUCCCAUCUCCCCUGGGGGCCCUUGCUGCCUGGUGGCUCUCAGUGCACUUUGGUAUUUGCAGCUGUUUACCAGGCUCCGGAGCUUCUGCAGAAUCAGACACGGACCUGAAUAAGAUGGCUUUGAGGUCUCUGUGUGAGAUUAACUCUGUACUCGUCUGCACAGCCUGGGCAGACAAAUGUUCUCGUUUCUGGUGUUCUCGUUUCUGGUGUUCUCGUUUCUGGUAUUGUCAAAUCUUGUCGCCUCUAAUUUAAGAAAGAAGUUCUUGAGUUCAAUAAAAUAGAGUAAAAAUG